AUGGCAGACACGAGUGCUCUGCCAGGUUCCAUGAUCUCGCCCAGGCCGUUGAGAGACACGCUUGCGAUUAUGUGCAUACUGAUCAUGUUCCCAACCUGGCUGUUAAGUCCCAUUCUUCUGCUAUACUCGUGGUCAGGGCCAUCCAAGGUGGUUGUAGGAAGGGUGCUUUCACUGUUUUAUAACCACAAGUCUUCCAGUGGCUCUGCAUCUGUGGAUACUAAUAACGAGGCUCAAACAGGCUCAUAUGCUAUGUUCAAAGCUCUGGCAAUAAACACGGUAUUCACGGCAAUCUUGGUAGUUAUAUCGCCAAGAUUUGUCAGAAUUCUUCAUUUGCUGGCAAAGGCUUAUGUCGCGGCGAGCUUAGCCUCCACCAAAAACAAGUACACAUUCAAUGCAUUGAUGUCCACGUUCAUUGUUCUGGGGUUUCUGUUACUUGAAAACUGGACAAAAUUUUACUUCAGCAUAAUAGAUGGGUCACUUGAAAGCUUCACAUAUCCCACUGCAAAACUGACCUCAUACGGGACGUUUUUCACGAGGCUGCGGACCGUCAAGUUGUUCUACGUUUUUGAAGUUUUUUCUGCUUUUACCCAUUCAGUUCUAUCUGUGCACACAGUUCUGUUAAACGUGACACCAUCAUUUCAAAGAUUUGUUUUUGUUAGUCAUAUUGGCAAGUCUCUAGACCAUUUGGCCAACUCUACUUUCGUCUCCAAGAUCUCUUUUCCUAGAGGAGAAGGCUCGAAGUCGGCGACAGACUCGACGAAUGAAGAGGAAAAAGAUACAGAAGAUUCAAAUUCUUCGUUCACCUACUUUUCUUCUGUGGACUCAGACAAGCCAAUAAGUCUGAAGGUAUCCUCGGAAGUGGCUAGUGCCAAACUUUCCAUUCUUGCCGGUACCGACCAGGAGGAAGAAGACCAGGUCACACCAGCUUCUUUUCCAUCUGAACAGCAGCUUUGCAAUCUCAAUGACAUAUCUUCUUCUUCGACGGUGGUUGCCCAGAAUUUCGAGAACUAUUGCAGUCUCGUAUUCUACCCUCCACAAAAAAAGCAGGACAAAAGAGGCAAGGCUGCUGCUCCCAAACAACAACCAGUUUGGUCACUGAUUGCUGCUGCAAAGACUAUGUUUUCGAGACAAGAUAUAUACUCAGGUGAGUCGUUGGAGUCAGAUUUCAGUUCGGGAGGACUUCUAGUCGCUCAGGGUGGAAUCAAGAGAUCCCUCGUGGACUACAUACAAUGUUUCAUAUGUUACACUGGUGAAAAUGCUAUCGGUCUGGAGCUUCUGGGUGCCUCGAUCUCAGAGAUUCUAGUGAGGGUUAAUGGAGUGAUGUGGUACCAAGUCACCUCGGGCUGUGUCGAUGGAAAGGAGUACAUUAUCGUUGGAGGUCUGACUCCGCUUUCUCAAUACGACCUGGAGAUAAUCAACAUUGACGACUCACAGGAAAGGGUUCUUCUUGCAAAGUGCACUGUGAGCACGGUUUCCAAAAACGUGACUUUGACGCAAUCGAAAAAGGCAACUCCAUUGUCUACGCUCCAGGAAAGUUUGCUGACAACCAACGCGAAUGUCAAUCGCGAGAAGUUGAAGCUGAAGAAGUUUAGAAAAGAGUAUAGUAAGAGGAUUCACGUGAUCAAGAACGAAAUCGAGGUUCUGAAGAAAAAGCUCUACUCCAACGACAAAUCCGAUGAAAGAAACUACCGCAAGAUACUGUCCCUUAGACAGACUCUGACAAAGCUGGAUCAGGAUAACUCUUUGAUCGAAGAAGAGUUCAUGACUCUAUUCUCUAGAGAGACAGAACUAAACGAGCAGUAUCUGGAUGGAAAACGGAGGUUUGAAACCGAACUAAGACCUCUCCAGGUGUUUGAGGCUGAGUUUAAUUCCAAGAUUGAGGAGACGACCACCACUGUGGAAUCGCUGGAAGCAACGAGAGCUCAACUGCUUCAAAAGAGAGAGAAACUGGUUGGUCGCAAGGAGAGACUUUCAAAGGAAGUAGCCAAGAUUGAGGACAAAUUGGAGUCUUUCAAGACUGAUGAUAUUGCUGCGAGACGGGCUCACCGUCAAGAGCGUGCUGAAAAGAGACAGCAAAAGUUGAAUGCCUUUGCUUGGGAAAUCACAAAAAUGGAAAGAAGUUCCACCAACGUUGUGGGUGAGAACUAUUCUUCUGUAACCAACGCGAGCACCGUCACGCUGAACUCUCAGGUUAACAACCAGAUUCUCUCACCUGUUAUGACUACAACCACGGCUUUGUCUGCCAGCACGAUGCCAAAGACUAGCAAUGAUGGCCCAGGAAAUCAUAUGUUCAAAUAG